UCGUUAACAAUCGCAUCCAAGGAGCUAUGGAUUUGGAAUCUGAUCUUAUUGAGGGGCCACGGAAACUGGUCUUCGAUGUUUUCAUGCCAACUGCUUCCUAUAAGCAAGUCUCAUUUAAUAUCGUCUUCACUAGCAGUGACCCUCACUCCUUCUACCUGGAUUUGGAUCUAAGAACUGGGCUUCAAGCUACUGUAAAGAUUGAUACACCCGUCUUCCCGAAAGUUACCACUACCCUGCAAGUAGCCCCUGCUGUUGCUGGAAUCACCAUUGAGACCCCCAAAGGAACACACAAGGUUCAGCUUAGCUGGCGCCAGCUCGUAGAAUGCCGUCGACUGGAUUGCUUCCUCGAGCUG